AUGCAUGGUUACAUGGGUAUCUUGGCCAGGGUAUUUAGCCUAAAACCAGUUGAUAUACCUGGUUUUCAUUUCUGGAGAAAGCUGGAACAUUAUGGGAAGUGUGACUAGUCUUCAGCCAUUGUCAUGGGACAUGGUUUUGCGUUGGAAGACUUCAUUUGUAUAGAAAAGAAACUUACAGAGGCGAACGAACUUCCUAGAAGUUAUUAUAAAUGUCUAUUA